CCAGCUUCAUUUUGGUUCCGAGUUUUAAGGGAGGGGGGUCGAUUUAGAGUCACAUUAACGGCUGGCUUUAAAAGAGAAGAUGGACAGUCGAGCUGGCAGCACUGAGACAAACUCACACCACGGUGUCUUCUUGCUGGCUGAGGAGAAGUUUGAUUUUGACGUGCCUCUGUCCCCUGACAGCUCAGCAGGUGAUGAAGACGAGGUGUUCGUGGGUUCAAUCCCUUUCUGUGAAUCCCCCCGCCUCCUGGAGGCUGAUACUGGUUGGAACCCACCGAGUGCGGAGGAGCUGGAAUUCGUGUGCCAGGAAACCAGUCGAUUGGUGAAGCAGCUGCAAAGCGAUGAAAUGAGUCGCCUGCACAAGGACGGGACAGCCGAUGUCUGUGAUGACCCGAGGGAAGGUUUUGUUCAGGGCGCUGUGGAUAAACGUGUUAUACUCGGACAACAAGCCACCAGAGUCAGUCCCAUCAAACGCCAGACCUUCUGUCUGCAUGAUACACCCACCAAACAGCUGCCGUCUGCCUUCCAGCGCCGCUUCCUGAAGGCACUUGGCUCUGCUCCUGGCAUGGCUACCUCCACUCGAUCUGCAGCCCGACUCAGCACGUCCAGCCCCGUCAGCACUUCCAGAUCGCGGCCCAGCAGGGCCUCGCUGCGAGCACAAGCUGAGCCGGGCAUCUGUAUUGGUCCGACUCUUAAACCAGCUGCUCCAAAAACCAGCUGUUCCACUGGCAAGAAGAAAGCGGGGCCAGACACCAGCAGACAGCAGCUGCAUGCCAAAGUGGCACCUAAUUGCAGGCCCAGAACAUUUGCUGGUGCAACUUCCAGCAGGACAGUGUCCUGUGAGGACUUGGUGUCCUCUGACGUCAGUGAUGCUUCCUUUAGUUCCAGCCUACCUGUCAGACGCACGGCUGCUCCGCCCGUUAAGAGUGUCCAGAGGAACCUGUCAGCUGGCAGAGCUGCACCGCCUCCCAGCCGGAGUGUGAUGGACAGGACCUCUUCCUCAUCCUCCUCAGUAUCCAGCUUUAACUCCAGUCUGUCCAUGUCUCCUGUCCGGAAAGGUAAGAUGAACUCUUCUCUGAAUGCCAGUAUCAGUGGCUCUGCUGCCCAAGUGCCUGUGAGCGUGGCCGGAACUACCAGUGCUACUAAAGCUCGGCAUUCCACUCUCAGUGCUGCUGGUAGACAAACAUCGUCCUCUGCUACCGCUGGCCGACUGUCACUCUCAGUGCAGGCCAGGAAGCUGUCUGACACCGAGCACAUUACCAGGUCCACGCAGCUAAAGCGAUUUGAGACGGGCACCCCAACACCCCUCUGCAUAACGCCCCCCAAGAGAUCAAUGAAGAAAACCACCUCUGUUCCCAGCAGCAGGCCGAAAGCCACGGCUUGGACCCCGGGAACACUGACUCCCGCCAGACAAAACAGAGGUACAGCAGACUUGCUGAAACCACAGAGGAUGACAUCAUCAGUCUUUGUGGGCAGUCCCUUAAAGCAGUCUGUGCCAAUUGCUGAUGAUUCUCUACUUCCCUCUGCUGGUGGCAAAAAGUUUCUGCAAGUGAAAGCAUCUCGUCCUUCUGCCCUCCCUACUCCACUGAGGGGCAGAACAUCAAAUGCCAUGGCCACGCCCAACAGUCUGGUCCAGCCUGUCAGCUUGCAGAGGUCUGCUGUUCCUGCCUCCACCUCUGCCAAGAGAGCAAGAGGCUGCAGCACUGCCUGCACUAGGGAGGAAGAAGACACUUUCCACCUCCAGAACAUCCAGCCAUUCUGCCUGGAGGAGGAUCAUCUGGAUGCACCGCCCAUCACAACCUUACAAUCAGAGCAGCUGGAGAACACGGAGUCAGUGCAGCUCGAACAAAACAUAUCAGACUCCAGAAAAACACCUGAGGAGCUGCCAUCAGCUGAAGGGGCUGAGACACAAGAGGUUUUGCUGUUGGACCUUCCAGCACUGACUCUGCAGCCUCAGGAGAAACUGCUCAUAGAUCUGACCAAUACUCCAGACCUCGUCCACACCAAGAAUGCCUGCGCUGCAGCUCAGCUGAUAGAUUUGAGCUCGCCGCUGAUCAAGUGGAGUCCAGAUGAUAAGAAGGAGAACAGAGCAGAUGAGGUCCCACUCAUCAACCUGUCCUUCUGACCCAGCAGAUCCUGGAUCCUCUCGUCUUCAUCCAUUUAAAUUCAUCAAAUUAUGAAAAUGUCUUCAGAUGGUUUUGUCUUUUAAAUGUCUGAAUAAAUGUUUCCUGGAACAAAUGG